AUGCAACUGAUCACUUCCGGUGAUAUCGAGCCGAACCCAGGUCCUUCUGAGAGAGAGAACGUACUACGACUGUGCUGCCAGAACGUGUGCAGCAUCAACAACAAGCUCGGCACCCUGCGCUCCUACGCCCCCGAGCUGGCCAGCCAUAACGUCAUCGGUCUAACCGAGACAUGGCUCGGGCCGCACGUGACGGACUCUGAGCUCCAGCUGGGACUCGACGACUACGUCUGGUUUCGGCGGGACCGGGACGGCAGAGGAGGAGGUGUCGCCUGCGCUGUGCGAGCGAACCUGUCACCUGUCCACCGGCCGGACCUCGAGCCCGACUGCGAGGCACUGGCUGUCCAGCUCGGCACUGAGCGGCGCAUCAUUCUGGUGGUCGUCUAUCGCCCGCCGGACGUCGACGCCGACAUCGAUAAGCUGGUUCAGCUCAUCCGUCACCUGCGUGAUUUAAGUGCUCCUUAUGUGAUGAUCGACGAGCCCAGCCUCAAACGCCAAGAAUGGCUGCGCUUCCGAAAGCGCGCUUAG